UUUUAAUUUAAGAAAAUUAAGUGAGAAUUAAAGAAAAUAGCAAAAUUUUUAGCAAAUUUUUUUAAAAAAAAUUAAAAAUUGGCGCGUGUUUUUAUUAAAAAAAUAAAGAAAUUUUAAAAAGGAAAUUCAUUAUUAACAACUCAAGCUGAAUUUCAAAGCAAAAAGAAGCAAAAAUGUUCCUUAAUAGCAAAUUUUAAGAAAAUAUUUAUUUCAAAAAAUAAAAAAAAAAACAGAAAAUUUUUUCACAAAUUUUCUAACAAAGUGUCAUUGAAACCAAAAAUUUAAGAAAAAUUGAUAAAAAUAAUUAAAAAUCAAAAAAUAAAAAUUUCUUAAACAAAAUGGUGUGUGCUAUGCAAGAAUUAAAUACCACCGCAGUGGCUAUAAAUGAAACUCAUCAUCAUCAUCUGCAACAUCAACAACAGCAUCAUCAUCAUCUCCAGCAACAGUUACAACAUAGCCUGCAGCAGCAACAACAAUUGCCACAACAGGUUGAAAUAGUUAGAACAUUGCCCACGCAUUUUACACAACAUUUACAACAAUCUCCACAACAAAUGACCACCAUAGUGGUUCUAACCACCCCCAGCAGCCAUACAGUGGGACAAACAACACAGCAAACGGUUAUAAAUGUACAGCAACAAGCUAAUACAAAUCUUUUGCAAACACAAAAUAUUAUAACGCAGCAACAGCAACAACAACAGCAGCAACAUUUGAGCAAUUCGAAUAAAAGUCAACAAUUAAAGAAACAACAUGCUUCUUUAGUUAGAUUAUUGGAAUCGGCGCCUAUAACUAAGAAAUCUUUGAAAAUUCAAAAACCGCAACAACAAAAUACUAGUCCUCAGUUACAGCAACAAAUUGUAAUACCUCAAUUACAACAACAGCAGCAGCAAACACAACAACAAAUUAUUUAUGUUAAACAGCAACAAACAACGCCGCAGCAAACGUUGACCUUAACGCAACAGCAGCCACAAUUAGCUCAACAAUUGGCACAACCAAAAAGACUGAAAACAAACUCCUCCUCAUCAUCCUCUUCCUCCGCUACCACCACCACCAACACAACAACGACGACUUCAUUAACCCUAACAAAACAGCCACAGCAACAACAAUUAGUAGUAUUAACACCUGCAACAACACCAGCAGCAGCAGGAAAUCUUAGUGAUAAUAGCAACAUUAUAAAGACAUUAAACAACACCUCUAAUCACAAUUUAUUAAGUACAAUUAAUACAAAUUAUGAUCAUAAUCAGGAAUAUCAAAAACCUCAAGAGCAACAACAACAGCAGCAGCAACAACAACAAUUGCCUCUUAAAACUGACAACAAUGAAUCAGGCAUAGAAGAAGAGCCAGAGGAUUCAGCUACUCAAACAACAAACGAAAGCAAAUUGAAUAUCUCCAACAACAUUAAGGAAUUGGCCUAUGAGCCGCAACAAUGUCCUUGGAAAAAGAUAAGAUUUGCUCGUGAAUUAAAGCAAAAAGAACAAAUGCAAAAGCAACAAGAAUUUAAAGAGGAGAAAACGAUAACAGAUAAUGAACAAAAUAUUAACAACAACAAUAACUCUUCCAAUUACUCCUCCUCAACAAAUGCCGCAACUAACUCAAAUUAUGAAUUAAACCUCGCCGAACAAACCCACAAAGAAAUUGCCAUUUUGCUACAACAGCAACAUCAAAACUAUCAGCAACAACAACAACAGCAGCAGCAGCAACAACAACACCGUCGCGAUAGCUCCGAUUCAAAUUCAUCUCUAAUCAGCAACACCUCUAGCACACACUCCCUUAGCAAUGGUUGUACCUGUACGCCCCAACAGUUGACCCAACGACAUGAUACAACCAACGAAGAUGAUUUCUAUUUAGAUCGUCGAAACUCCAGCCUAUCAGCCGAAGAAAUGGACAACGAAUCUAUUGUACUAUUACCCUGUCAGUGUGCCGAUUGUCAUCCGGAUAAUAUGGAUGAUUCGGGCUGUGAUGAUGAUCAAAAAGAAGAGGAUUUGACAACGUUAAAUUAUUUAUGUCAGAAAUUUGAUGAGAAUUUAGAAACGGGCAAACAUGCAGCAAAUAGUAAUAAUGCCAAUAAUCAUAUAAAUAAUAAUAAUACACAAACCACCGAUUUAGUUAAAGUGGCCAUAGUUAAGAGAGAGGAUAAGGAGCAGAGAACGCCGCUAAUGGGGAAACAGCAAAAGGAUGAAGGUUUCUUCCGCCGUUCCAUACAGCAAAAAAUCCAAUAUCGUCCCUGUACAAAAAAUCAACAAUGCAGCAUUUUGCGUAUAAAUCGCAAUCGUUGUCAAUAUUGUCGCCUGAAAAAGUGUAUAGCCGUCGGCAUGAGUCGUGAUGCGGUGCGAUUUGGUCGUGUGCCGAAACGUGAAAAGGCUCGCAUAUUGGCUGCCAUGCAACAGUCAACACAGAAUCGUGGCCAACAACGAGCCUUGUCCGGUGAAUUGGAUGAUCAACCGCGUCUAUUGUCAGCCGUAUUGAGAGCUCAUUUGGAAACCUGUGAAUUUACAAAAGAAAAGGUGGCGGCCAUGCGUCAGAGAGCGCGUGAGUGCCCCUCCUAUUCAAUGCCCACAUUAUUGGCCUGCCCUCUUAAUCCCGCCCCUGAACUACAGUCCGAACAGGAAUUCUCCCAGCGUUUUGCCCAUGUUAUACGUGGUGUUAUUGACUUUGCUGGCAUGAUACCCGGCUUCCAAUUACUAUCACAAGAUGACAAAUUCACCCUUCUAAAGGCUGGUCUCUUUGAUGCUUUAUUCGUGCGCUUGAUUUGCAUGUUUGAUAAUUCCAUAAAUAGCAUUAUCUGUCUAAAUGGUCAGGUUAUGCGUCGUGAUGCUAUACAGAAUGGUGCCAAUGCUCGCUUCCUGGUAGAUUCUACUUUCAAUUUUGCCGAACGCAUGAAUUCCAUGAAUUUAACAGAUGCCGAAAUUGGUCUAUUCUGUGCUAUUGUCUUGAUAACACCCGAUCGGCCGGGUUUGCGCAAUAUUGAAUUGAUCGAGAAAAUGUAUAGUCGCUUGAAGGGUUGUCUGCAGACUAUUAUCAAUCAAAAUCGUCCUGAUCAGCCGGAUUUCAUGAGCAAGUUACUGGAGACUAUGCCCGAUUUGCGCACUUUGAGUACUUUGCACACAGAGAAAUUGGUGGUUUUUCGCACAGAACACAAGGAACUGUUGCGUCAACAAAUGUGGUCGAUGGAGGAUGAACAGCCCUCUUUAUCCAAGAGUCCGCAUAAUUGGGAAGAUCAACGCAUGGAGGUGGGUGAAGCUAAAAGUCCUUUGGGUUCGGUUUCUAGCACAGAGUCCAAUGAUUUGGAUUAUCCAGCCGCCAGCACUACCACAAAUAAUACCAGCUCAGCUAAUAAACAUCUCAAUCAUUUGCUACCCCAACAGACCUCUUCUUUGGCUUCUUCGGCUCCCUUGUUGGCCGCCACCUUGUCCGGUACUUGCCCUCUACGCAAUCGUGCCAAUUCCGGUUCGUCCGGUGAUUCCACCAAUGAAUUGGAUAUGGUGGUGGGCAGUCAUGCUCAUUUAACCCAAAAUGGCUUAACCAUUACACCCAUUGUCCGAGCUCAUUCCCACCAACAGCUGCAUCAUCAUUUAACAGCAGCGGCCAAUGCUACACAUCGUUAUCGCAAACUAGACUCACCCACCGACUCGGGCAUCGAAUCGGGCAAUGAGAAGAAUGAGUGCAGUAAAAAUGUUAGCUCGGGCGGUUCCUCUUCCUGUUCCAGUCCUCGUUCCAGUGUGGAUGAUGCUUUGGACUGUAAUGUGGUUGAGGGUCAAAACAAUAGCGGCACACAAGUAACGGUUUCGGUUUCGCCCGUCAGAUCACCACAACCUUUGAGUCAACAGCCAGCCAGUUCAACGUCCAAUAGCAACAACUCUUCUGCUAAUUCUACGCUUAACUUAAAAAGACAAAUUGUAGAUGAUAUGCCCGUGUUGAAGAGAGUAUUACAGGCUCCUCCUUUAUAUGAUACGAACUCUUUAAUGGAUGAGGCCUAUAAGCCACACAAGAAAUUCCGCGCCUUAAGGCAUAGAGAAUAUGAAUGCACGGAGGCUGAUGCCAGCAGUUCUACACAAAUUACAAUGCCGCAAUUACCCGCCUCUUCAAACAGUCCCCCACAUCAUAAUGCCCAAAGUCCACCACCACCAGCCAGCAGCAGCAGCAGUAGCAUAAACUCAACAGCAGCUAUAAAUCCAGCUGCUUCAACGCAACAGCCGGUUUUACUGGUGCCACAGGCCACGCAUUCCCCGCCUAAUCCCUUGUCGGCCUCACCACCAGCCAUUGCUCAACACCAAAGCCAAUUGCAUAUGCAUUUGACCAGACCCACACCCACCAAUUCGAAUGCGGCUUCUACACAACAACAACAGCAGCAGCAGACUUCUUCUUUGUCCAGCACCCACUCGGUUUUGGCGAAAUCUCUAAUGGCCGAGCCACGCAUGACUCCCGAACAAAUGAAACGCUCGGAUAUUAUACAAAACUAUAUAAUGAGAGAUACUCAGCCCUCGGCCAACUCUUCGAAUGCUUUACUUGUAUGCUCGCCUCAUGGACCUGGCAGUCGCAGUCCGGCUCCUUUGCAUCAUCAAAUGCAAAUGCACAAUUUGUAUAGCAAUGGCAGCAAUUCGCCCAACUCCAGCACUUCACCACACAACAAUUGCAAUUCACCCUCCACCACCACCAGCAAUGCGGGACUUAAUAACAAUCUAGCCUCACCGCCCAGCAGCAGCCCGGCGGCAGCACGUUGGCCCGGACAUUCCGUUAUAACCACCACCACCAUUAAUCAACGCCAGCAAUCGGUGUCGCCCAGCAGUAAUGGCUCUUCUUCGUCAUCUUCCUCCACCUCUUCAACAUCUUCUUCAUCAUCGUCUUCUUCCUCCGCCUCCUCUUCGAACUCAUCAUCAGCAGGUUGUCAGUAUUUCCAGUCGCCUCACUCCACCUCAGCCUCGGUCUCACCGCCACGUCCCUCGCCCUCACAAAUGAAUACACCUCCUCGUCUACUUGAACUCCAGGUGGAUAUAGCUGAUUCUCAACAGCCUUUAAAUUUGUCCAAGAAAUCACCCACACCACCACCCAGUAAAUUGCAAGCUUUAGUGGCAGCUGCCACAGCGGCUCAACGUUAUCCCACGGUCUCCGCCGAUGUUACCGUAACAGCCACCUCCAGCAAUAAUGGCAACAAUAACAACAGCAACAACAACAACACCACCACAGCAGCAGCCGCCUCCACUACAACAACAACACUACAGCAAAAAGUUAUGUUAGAGGCGUAAGUGUUAAAAGCUUUAUGCUGGUUAUCAUAAAUAAAGCUUUGUAAUCAAAGGAAAGUGUUUAAGCUAGAGAAAGUUUAAAUUUUUUUCGUAAGAGAAAGAGAGAAUGAGAGAGUAAAGCUUUUGAAACCUUUUAAAGCUGUUUACAGUAUUUAUUUUGUUUUAGUUGGCUUUUGUUGUAAAGGUUUUUAUGUUUAAGCAAGAGAAUGCACUCUCUCUCUGUCUCUCUUUCAAGCAAACAAAACUUUCCUUGUGUAAAGUUCUUUAUCUAAAGAAGAGAAUUUGU